AUGUCCAAUGGACCGUCCACACUUGUCCCACAACCUGACGACAAGGGUAGCCAUUACAAAACAGCUGCCAUAGUGGGCGGUGUCAUAGGUGGACUUGUUGGUCUGAGCCUCCUGAUCUUCCUUCUCAUUUUUUUCCGACGCCGGCGGCAAACUACCAUGAAGCGGCUUACCUUCGACCGAGACUUGAUGGUCCAGCACCGGGUACCGAGAUCACCACCAUCGACAUGGAUACCUGGAUCCUCAAUCUUUGGCUCCAAGAAGGGAUCGAACCGCGGAAGCCACCUCCAUACCACAGACAACAGAGCUGUGUUGGUGGAUGGCGAAUCUACGCGUGGUACUGACGUUGAGAAGCUUGGCUGGGAGGGAGAAUUCGGGGCUGGUUCAGCGGGCGUAGACACGGGCUAUGCAUUCACCCAUCCUAAAGCAGCGCUCGGGACGGGCCACAUUGUGCCCUCUCCGAAGGGCCCACGGCCAUCAACGAAACAGGCCAAUCUACCUCCAAUAAACUCGCCACUUCACCAGAUGCUACAAAAUCCGUAUCCGUCUCAGUCGCCGACGCAACCUGUUUCGCAAGCACAGCAACACGUUCUCGAGUGGGUUCAAACGCAGGCUCGGCCCCCGUUUGAGUCCCCAAUGAGAUCGGAACUUGCACCCCCGCCGCCCACGCAACGACGACGAUGA